AAAAUAUGUUCUGUCACAGCCAAACAAUCAUGGAGAAAAUUUUGUGUUUUAUACCGUUACUUGCAGUUGUAAAUUGUUUUAAAUUAGGUUUCUCAGACGAACUAGAAAGUAAAGUUUUUGGAGAUGAGGAUGAUACAUUAAAAAGUGGUAUUGUAGGAGGAGAAUUUACUGAAAUAAACACGGUGCCAUACUUGGCUCAAAUUCUCAAAGAUGGUGACCACUUUUGUGGUUCGGCGAUUCUCUCCAAAUAUUGGAUCGUUACUGCUGCUCAUUGUCUAGAAGAUGAGGGAGAACUGUCAUUGGAUACUGAAAAAUGGACUGUUAUUACUGGAUCAAGUGUUCGUUCAAAAGGAGGACAUCUUCACACAGUCAAAAAAAUCAUCGCACACGAAAAUUAUGAUAAUUUAACGAGUGACAACGAUAUUGCUUUGUUUGAGCUCGAAGAACCUAUCAAAUUCGAUGAAUUACAACAAGCCAUCGAAAUCUCUAAUAGAGUUCCAAAGGCUGAUGAUAAAUUAAAAAUUUCUGGAUGGGGAAAACAGGGUGAAAGAAGAGGAGUAUCCAAACAAUUGAAAACUGCUGUUGUUCCAGUGAUUGAUCAAACCGAAUGUUUACAAAUGUUUGAAAAAUAUUUGGACUAUGAAGAUUAUAGAGAACUAGAAGUUACAAAUAAUAUGUUAUGUGCUGGUGCGAAUGGAGAAGAUACUUGCCAGGGUGAUUCGGGAGGCCCAGCGGUUAUUGCAGGAAAAUUGGCUGGAGUUACAUCUUGGGGUUUUGAUUGCGGAUCUAAGAAAACUCCUGGUGCUUAUACGAGAAUUCGAAACUAUCGUCAGUGGAUCGCAGAACACACAAAACGAAUAAGGUAGCUAAAAACACACGUUUUUCUGGUCCACGAAACUUUUUAAAUAAAGCAAGUAAUAAAAGCCAAAACCAGAGAGCAAUAAUGUUAUGUUCAAAGAAUCAUUCUACUAAAAGUAAUUGUCAAUUGACUCUCUAAAUCUGAAAGAGUGAAAAAUCACUUAUUUCGAGUCAAAAUUGCCUCUAAUUCGAGUGAUUUUUCACUCUUUAGGGUAAUUUUUAACUCUUUCAGAUUUAGAGAGGAACUCUAGUUUUUCAUUAAGUUCUGAAAUACGAAUGGGUAUUUACGCAAUCUCAGCCCGAUCUCAAUGCUAACCUUAAAACGAGUAGUACCUUAAUUUAACCAAUGAUCUUUUUAUUAUUUGAAUUUUCAUCAAUAUAAACAGCAUAGCGCCAUUUUAUGAAGUUUAAUGAAUCAUUCUUAGUUGCAAGGUCAUUCUUAACUGAAAAGUUGCAAAAUAUAUAAAUUCAUUUUCGAUUUAAAAAUCGCGUUAUUGAAAAUUAUAUUUAGUGAUACUUUUUAUAGAAAUGUGAGGAGAAUAAAACAAUCCCAAUAAAGAGUUAUUUGACCUAA